CAUGGCUUAGGCCAUCUUCUGAUUGAAACUAAUAAUGUUUAACUCGUGCAACUCGUGGGAAACCUGUGAUUUUCCCUGCACUGAAAAUACUUUUUAUGGCGACGAUGUCAAUUGUUUUUACGAGCCAGACAUUAAACCACAACAACAGCAGCCACAAAAUUCGCUUGAUGGCCUAAUUUACGGCCGUAGGCUCAUCAAUGAGCCCACCGUGAAUUUCAAUAAUGGUGGCUUCUAUAACACCCAAGCAGCAGCAGCACCACCGCCAAUGGUUGCCUACGGCCAAUGUGGUGCUGGCUUGUACAACGACUGUUCGAGCCUGGAAAUGAGUUCACCUUGCUCUGCGACGCGUUUUCAUCCCUACCAGCGGCAGACCUCCGAUUUUGGGUCGUUUCCGCCGGGCUAUGGCCAACAGUCGAGCAUGCCCUAUGCCCGGCCAGGUUUGCCGUUGCUCAACCUUCCCGUGCCCUGUCGCGGCAAUCAGCCGUGGGGCUAUGAGCAUUGCUAUGGCUAUGGUCCGAGUCAGCCGGAGCCAUGUCAAUUUACGCAGUUUGUGGAUAUCGAGGACUUUAUGAAUAAUGAAAAGCGCAAGGAAAAGUCACGGGAUGCGGCACGCUCUCGUCGCUCCAAGGAGACGGAAAUAUUUAUGGAACUAUCGACGGCAUUGCCUCUAAAGGCCGAGGAUGUAAAUCAGCUGGACAAGGCAUCUGUGAUGCGCAUUACCAUCGCCUGCCUCAAGAUACGUCAGAUGCUUGAGUUUUUGCCCGACUGCGAUGCGGUCAAACCGAAAGUGGAGUUCUUCGAAGAGGAUUGGCUAAAGUGCGCCGAGGCCAGUGAACUGUUGAAACAAACCAUGGAUGGUUUUCUGCUGGUGCUAUCUAAUGAGGGUGACGUCACCUAUGUUUCGGAUAAUAUAAUGGAUUACCUCGGCAUAACCAAGAUCGAUACGCUCGGCCAACAGAUUUGGGAGUAUACGCAUCAGUGCGAUCAUGCUGAGAUUAAGGAGGCACUUAAUCUCAAACGCAAUGGCAUUGUUGACAAGGUCAAGGAUGAGCAGCUAAUUGAAUCGGGCGUUAGCACGCAUCAUCGUGAUCUAUUCGUGCGCAUGAAGUGCACUCUGACCAGUCGCGGGCGCAGCAUCAACAUCAAGAGCGCCUCUUAUAAGGUUAUUCACAUAACCGGCCAUUUGCGCGUGAAUAGCAAAGGAGAGCGCGUUUUAAUUGCCAUUGGGCGGCCCAUACCGCAUCCUUCGAACAUUGAAAUACCGCUGGGCACCAGCACAUUUCUGACCAAGCACAGUCUGGACAUGAAAUUCACCUAUGUGGAUGACAAAAUGCACGCACUGCUUGGCUAUCUGCCUGGCGAUCUGCUGGAGACGUCACUUUUCCAAUGCCAGCACGGCGCCGACUCAGAGCGUCUGAUGGCCAUCUUUAAGAGCGUGAUUAACAAGGGACAGGGCGAGACGUGUCGCUAUCGUUUUCUAGGCAAAUAUGGUGGCUACUGCUGGAUCGUGACUCAGGCAACGAUUGUUUACGAUAAGCUAAAGCCGCAGAGCGUUGUCUGCGUUAAUUAUGUCAUCAGUAAUCUUGAGAACAAACAUGAGAUUUAUUCACUUGCGCAACAAACGGCGGCAAGUGAGGAACAGGCAAAGCAGCAACAGCAACAGCAACAACUACCUGAAACUAACAACGAAACAACAAUUGCUAAACAACAAGUUGCCGAAACAACUAAAGCAACAACUGAAACAACAACUGCAACAACAACCGCAGCCGCAACAACUUUAGACAAACCCAAAGUGAUUGAGACUGCUAACGAAACAACAACAACACCAACUCCAACAACUGCUGCUGCAACUAACCCACCAUCAGCACCACCACCACCAACAGCAACAACAACAACUAAAACAUCUAGUAACAACAACAACAACAACAUCAAUACCGUAACCUCAACUUUAGUUAACAAAUCGCAGCAACUGCAAACCGAAUUGCUUAUCAAACGUGAAAAUAAUUCACCCGGACCGCGCACCAUCACAGCACAGAUCCUCAGCAACAACAACAACAUCAUCAACAACAACAACAAUUUGUUGCGUAUCGAAGAGAAACGUCCCAAAUCGGUGACCGCCUCACUCAUACGCAGCACCCCAGCAGCUGCUGCCCCGAAGAAGAAUUCAAUUGCUGCUCAGACGUUGCCGCCGACAACAACAGCAACAGCUGCCAUAUUGAACAACAAUUUGCAACAGCAACAGCAACAACUGCAGCAACAACAGCAACAAGCACAAGAUAUGAAUAAAGGAUUCUUAUCGUUCGCUGAUGAAGGCCGAGGAUUAACAAUGCUGAAAGAGGAACCGGAUGACUUGUCGCAACAGUUGGUCAACGGCGCGUCCGGCAUUCACUUGGAUGAGCCCUUUGGCGAGAUUUUGGUGGGCUUGAUGAACUCCUGCCUGCUGCCCGAUGAGAUUGGCUCGCUGGACUCGACCACCUGCUCGACGACGGGCAGUGUAACGCACUAUCACAACAACAGCAACAGCAAUAGCAGCAAUAGCAGCAGCAACAACAACAACAACAGCAACAACAACAGCAGCAACAACAGUAGCAACAGUUACAACAGCAAUCGUCAGAGCUUAAACACAGCUCAACGGCCACCACAACAACAGCAGCAACAGCAACAGCAACAGCAGCAGCAGCAGCGGCAGCAACAGCUGCAACGGCAGCAACAGCCACAGCAGGAAAAUGGCAACAGCAACAGCAGCAACAUUGAUCCGCUGUUCAACUAUCGCGAUGAAUCGAAUGACACCAGCUGCUCGCAGCAUCUGCACUCGCCUAAGACGCCCGAGGACGGCAGUCUGCCGUCGCUGUGCAGCCCGAACUCGCUGUCGCAGGAGGACGACUUCACGUUCGUUGACUUUGGCAUGCGCGCUCCUUAUAUACCCAUGGGCGAUGAUAUGCCGCUGCUGACCGAGAGCGAUCUCAUGUGGUGUCCGGCGGAUGAUUUGCCGCCCAUCGUGCCCAAGGAUGUGGACAGCAUGCAGCAGCACUUGCAGCAGUUGCACCAGCAACAGCAGCAGCAGCAGCAGCAGCAAUAUAACAGCUACCAGCAACCGUUGCAACAGCAAUCGCAGCAGCAGCAACAUUUUUCCAGUUCGCUGUGCUCCUCGCCUGCCUCCACAGUGUCGUCGCUGUCGCCAUCGCCCGUGCAGCAGCAACAGCAUCAACAGCAGCAGCAGCAGCAACAACAACAACAACAACAGCAGCAGCAACACUCAAAUGUCUACACCACUGGCUCCAGCGAGCUGGCAGCCUUGCUCUGCGGCACCGGCAAUGGCACGCUCUCGAUUUUGGGCAAUAUCUCUGGCGAGGAUCGGCUGCAGCAGAAUGAGCAGGACUUGCGCAGUUUCCAGCAAAUGCAGCCGGCGCUGCAGCUGGAGGAGGAGGAGCAACUCGAACGCGAGCAGCCGACAUAUUUCCAGCAGCAAAUGUUGCUGAGCAUUGGCAGGCAGUGCAAGAAGGAGAAGUUCGAUGUCUCAUUGUCCAGCAGCCUAUGUACCUCAAUAGAGGAUGCAUUUCACAACGAUUACAGCAAAGAUUCCACCAAUUUGGAUUGCUGGAGCGAUUUGUUGCAAAUGAAUGUGGCUGUGCCCAACAGCAGUCCCGUGGUCUCUCCAGCACCCAGCAAAGUGGCAACGUUGCCGCUAUUACAACAACAACAACAGCAGCAGCAGCAGCAGCAACAGUUGCCACAGCAACAGCAGCAGCAGCAGCAGAAUAUCAUAUUGAAUGCCGUGCCAUUGAUAACCAUUCAAAACAAUGCGACAAUGUUGCAGCAGCAGCUGCAACAGCAGCAGCAAUCGGAGGAGGAGUUGCAGGAGUUGAUGCUGCCCAGCAAGCAGCCUGCCAAGAGGCUAUUGAAUGGCACCAAGGCAACCAUACGCCUGGUGGAAAGCAAAAUUACGCCCGCAACAAGGGCAACUCUGGUGCAAACGCUGUCGCCACAGCAACAUCAGCAGCAGCAGCAGCAACAUGGCAAUAAGCGUCAUUUGAAUGGCCAAUCAGCAGCUGGCAAUGUUGUGGAGUCGAAGCGUCUGAAGAGCGGAACACUCACUCUGGAAGUGCAAUCGCCACAGCUGCUGCAGCAGCUGAUGGGCAAGGAGCAACAGCAGCAGCAACAGCAGCAGCAGCAGGCAAACAAGCGACACGCAUGCGAACGCUGGUCUACAGCAGCUGAUGCCAAGCAACAGAAGCAACAGCAGCAACAGCAACAACAUCAUCAGCAGCAGCAGCAGCAGCAACAGUCGAAUUCUGUGCUAAAGAAUCUGUUGGUUAGCGGACGUGAUUCAAAUAACAAUGAAGGCGUAGCCGUGCCCAUGAUCAUCGACGACAACUCUCUGGACCAGGUGGUGGCGCCCACUCUCGUAUCGGCCAACGCCUGCAAGUACUCGAUGCCGCUGCACUGCCACACGGCAACUGCCUCGGUGCUGCGCAACUAUCGCCACAAUCCGCUGAUCAGCGGCACCAAUUUGCAACUGUCGCCGGUCUUUAGCAGCGGCGAGGCAGCCAGCCCUUUGGCUGGCGAUGGCGAUGCCAGCUCUGUGGCCUCCUUAGAUGAUUCCAUGCCGCCGGGCUUGACCGCCUGCGACACGGAUGCCUCCAGUGACAGCAGCUUCGAUGAGAGCAGCCUGGCCGACUCGGGCUCGCCCCAAAUGCAGCUGCGCGCCGAGCAAAUGGAUGUGGCCUCGGUGCCCGAGGCUCCGCCUCCACAGCUGUGCGAGGCAGAGGAGGAGGACAGCCAGCCGUUGAGGAGCAAUGCGACCAGCCGCAAGUCAUCAAUAUCGUUCAUAGACAGCAGCAAUCCGCUGCUGCGCACACCCUACCUGAUGGACCUGUGCAACGACGACUACAACAUGACCGAGGAGAGCAGCUUCGAGCUUGACGGUGUGCUGGAUUAUCUCUAGACACCCUAAGCGCCUGUUCAACAACUAUUGCGGUAGACAGGCAGGCAGGCAGGCAGGCAUUGCAUUUGUUUUUUACGUAGGCUUUUCUUUUUUUUCUUUUUGGGUUUCGUUUAGUUUGGCAUUUAAAGAAGUGAAAUCAAAACAUAAACAAAAGAUUGAAUUUUGAGCCUUACGUAAAAUUAGAAAUUAAAAAA